GUCAUCGAGAGGAAUCCAUUUUCUCUGGUCUCUGUUUACUUCGUCUUCCUCCUGUGUUCGCAUCUGUCUCUCUAUCUCUCGAUAGUCGUCAAUCGCCGAUCCUGUCACUUCAUUUUCCGGUAAUUUAUUGGUACAAGCUUUCAUCAAAUGGUUGGAGGAGGAGUUAUCCAGCAGCUUCUGAGGAGGAAAAUUCAAUUCAAAUCAACGGCAACUCCGGUCUUGUCAUUGUUUUCUUCGAAGAAAGCUAAUGAGGAUGCUGCGUCUGCUGGUGUAAAAGCAUUUGCCUUGAUGGGUGCUGGUAUUACAGGAUUAUUGAGUUUUUCUACAGUAGCUUCCGCUGAUGAAGCCGAACACGGCUUAGAGUGUCCAAACUACCCUUGGCCACAUGAUGGCAUUCUCAGCUCAUAUGACCAUGCUUCAAUCCGUCGUGGUCACCAAGUUUAUCAGCAAGUCUGUGCAUCUUGCCACUCAAUGUCUCUCAUCUCAUACCGAGACUUGGUGGGUGUUGCUUACACAGAGGAAGAGGCAAAGGCAAUGGCAGCUGAAAUCGAGGUUGUUGAUGGACCAAACGACGAAGGUGAGAUGUUCACACGACCUGGUAAACUCAGUGACCGGCUUCCUCAACCAUACUCAAAUGAAUCAGCUGCGAGGUUCGCCAAUGGAGGAGCGUAUCCACCUGAUCUAAGUCUUAUAACGAAGGCACGUCACAAUGGCCAAAAUUAUGUCUUUGCUCUUUUGACUGGUUACCGUGAUCCUCCUGCUGGAAUUUCGAUCAGAGAAGGGUUACACUACAAUCCUUAUUUCCCUGGUGGAGCAAUCGCUAUGCCAAAGAUGCUCAAUGAUGAAGCUGUGGAAUAUGAAGAUGGAACCAUCGCUACAGAAGCACAGAUGGGUAAAGAUGUUGUAUCAUUCUUGUCCUGGGCAGCUGAACCAGAAAUGGAAGAGAGGAAAUUGAUGGGUUUCAAGUGGAUCUUUUUACUGUCUUUGGCUCUGCUGCAAGCUGCAUAUUAUCGGAGACUGAAAUGGUCAGUUCUUAAAUCUCGUAAGCUUGUUCUUGAUGUUGUGAACUAAGACCCGAGAAGAGCAGAUUUAUUUUUCUCGAGGGUAAUAAGCAUAAUCUUGAAAGGGGGUAAAAAUGGUAAAAUCCCACUUUUUUUUGUUUCGAAAUAUUUGAAGGGAAAUGUCUGUUUUUCGUUUUUAUUUAUCGUUUAGAGAUUCUUCUAUAAUGAGGGAAGAACAAGUAAAAAGAAAGCUUUUUUUCCAAAUCUCAUCACACAUGAUUUUGAGAUUAUA